AUGGUGAAUGCCAUAACACACCUAAUAGAAAAAAGAAAAGACUGUGGUGUUCUGGCAGAAAACCUGUUCCUGUUUGCCAGACCUCAUUGUCUGACUCCCUACAGAGGACAGGACUGUUUGAGGUUUUAUGCCAGUGAAUGUGGGGCUGAAAACCCUGAGCUCCUCAGGUCAACGCAAUUACGCAAACAUGUUGCAACUUUGUCUCAGAUCUUGAACCUCAAGAAUCACGAGUUGGACCAAGUUGCUAACUUCCUUGGCCACGAUAUUCGCGUUCAUCGUGAAUAUUACAGACUUCCUGAGGCUACUACCCAGCUGGCCAAGAUAUCCAAACUGCUGCUUGCCAUGGAGAAAGGAUCUCUCAGAAGCCUUCAAGGCAAAACACUUGACGAGAUUGAAAUCGAAGACAACCUACAGUUGACCGAUUCAGAUGCUGAGAGUGAGGUCGAUGCUGAGAGUGAGGUAGAUGAAGCAAAUCUCACACAUCCACAGACCGGUUCUGCAGGACCAUUGAUGGCUAGGCAACCUGUCGAGGAACCUCCAGGCAUGUCUGCGCCAUUAUCACAAGCACAAAGUAAACACACAGAUGCUAAGGAGAAAGAACCCAACAGAAAACUAAAGAAGAAGGACAAAGAGCCCAGCAGAAAAAAGAACACAAAUAAACAUUCUGUAUCUCUGGAAAGUGCUAGGAGAGCAAAAAAGAAUCCAUGGUCUCCCAUGGAGGUUGUCGCAGUCAUGAGACAUUUUGGCGAACACAUCAAAAAAGGAAAACUGGCCACUAUGAUUGAAUGCCAGCAAUGCAAGAAGGCUGAAGAUCCUGCUCUGGCUGCCCGCUCUAUCCAAAACAUAAGAGAUUUUGUAAGGAAUCGGGGCAUAACUGUGAAAAGAAAAGAAAAUCCUGGAUAGAAUAUGGGAAUGUGAUGAAUUGUCCUUUAGUGAUAUCAUCAGGACACAUGGGAUAUUAAGGGUUAGACCAGAAGCAAUCUCUGUGUCCUGAUGAUAUCACUGGUGGACAAUUUAAAUAUUUCAUCUUGUGGAGGCAGGAGAAGGGCUGACAGUAUUCCAGUUAUAUUGGCAAACUGGCUGUUGAACAGAAUAUGUAAACAUACUGAUAUUUUACAGUAUAUAUUGUUUGGUGUGGAUUGGUUACUGUAUGUUUCAGUUUUAUUUCUACUGUGAGACGAUGGGUAAGUUCAUCUUGUUCACUCAAUUUUUGUUUAAUCUGUUUGAUGAUUUAACAGACUUGCAUAAUUUCAUUUUGCCAUUCAUAAUUUUUCCUUUCUGUUCACAAAUAGGAUUCUGUUGCUUAGUGAAAGUUACUGCUACUGCCGCUUACUUAUCGAAGGUGCUGUAAAAUGCAGUCCACGUCUUUCUGUUUAGUCAUUUUUCAUUUAUCCAUGUUGGCCUUUUUAUGCAUGAAAAUUACAUGUUUGUGUAUGUGUAUGGCCAUUGUCCUGACAAAUAAAGUUGGCCCUGGCAAUUACUGUUUGUGUCAUGGGCGGAGCUAAGUA